UGUCGCAGGCUGUCCUCUGAUCUUGCAAUCAAGUCGUCCUAAAGAGCAUUUGGUUCGAAAUUCGUGUCUUGCUCAAGCUGUUUAGCCGUCUUCAACGGAGCAAGAUUCCAGACAUAUAAGCAGGAGUUCUGUUCCCAGCCAGAUGGGAAUAUGCUCCUGCCUCCUGAGUCCCGAGACAGGGUAUGGCAAGAGCGAUGGUGAUGGCGAAAAAGCUCUGCACUUGUUUCAGUGGACGAGAAGAAGUAGGGAAGUGGUGCCAGAUGAGUUCACUUUGGACUGUGUUAUAAGAGUUUAUGGGAAGCUUGGUGCUUUGAAUACAGGGAUGGCUGUUCAUGGGAUUGCGAUAAAGAGUGGCUUGGUAUCUGAUCAAUCCAUUGAAGUGUAUGCCAGGAACGGGGAAAUUCAAAAAGCUUGUAUGCUUUUUGAAGUGAAAGGAGAGCGAAACCAUGUGAUAUGGAAUUCGAUGGUGUCUUCGUUCAUUAAGAAUGAACAGUAUAAGAUGCUCUGA